AUGAGUUAUUCAGAGACAUGGAGUCCUUCGUUCUUAAAAACCGAGUGCCAGUCUGUUUAUGCAAAAAGAACAACAGAUCCGAAAGGAUAUGAACUGUACGAAAAUGAAGCGAACGAGUUUAGAAAGUUUAUUGUCGCGCUAGAGAUGUUAGAGGUGAAACAAUCGGGUAGAGAAUUAUGUGCGGGUGGGACUCAUCUUAUAAAUUUCAAGCAACGGAAAGAACUAUACAAGCAAUCAAAUCUGUGUGAUUGUUACAUGACGAAUAAUAAAGAAAGUUUUCUGAAUUGCCUCGCAGAAAAACGAAAGCAGUUGGUGGAUAUUAUAAAAAAAUAUUAA